GAGGGUCCGUGUCCACGGGGGAUGCAGGAAGGGAGGACAUGCGCACCCUUUCCGUCCGUACAGUUACAAUUUCGUUUUAUCACAUUACAGCUCCAAACCGGAAGCUAGAACGUUCACAGGGUGCCGGUCUCGGCCGUCUCUCGUAAAAUAUUACGUCGAGCCAGAGAAAAUUGUCGAGCCUCCGGUUUAUUCAAACACCGUUUUAAACGACGCGACCCAUGGUGUUACCGGUUUCGUUUAACAUUCUUUCAUUCCGCGACAAGUGAUUUUGAAAAAAAAAUGUCCAGAAGAAAACAAGCCAAGCCGAGAUCGCUAAAACGUGAAGACGACAAAGAAGAGUGGGACGUAGAAAAACUGGAAGACAAGGAUGAGCUUCCUGUGGAAGCAGAGUCGGCCAUGUCUCCAGCCAGCUCUUCGCCCAUCUCAUCCCUUCACAAUUCCGAGGACAGCGAUUCAGAGGCUCUUGGUACAGAAGCGGGUUCAUCGUGGAGUUCAGAAGGACACAGCUCGCCCCCUUCAUCAUGUGCAACACCCAACUCUGCGUCCGAUCUUCCUGAUUCCGAACUUACUUUCACUGUCGGUGUUACAGAUGCGACACCUUACGCAUGUCAGUUCUGUGACAAAGCUUUUCCUCGACUCAGCUAUCUUAAGAAACAUGAGCAGACCCACAGUGAACACUUGCCAUUUGUCUGUGAAUUUUGCAAAAGACGUUUUAAACACAAAAGAAGUAAAGACCGUCAUUUAAAACUUCAUACAGGUGAUAAAAGAUACAAAUGUGCUCAAUGCGAAGCUGCUUUUGCGAGAAGCGACCAUUUGAAAAUUCAUAUGAAAACCCAUGACAAUCAAAAGCCUUUCCAAUGUACUAUUUGCAAUAGAGGUUACAAUACAGCAGCUGCUCUCACCUCACACAUGCAGAACCAUAAAAAGAUAUCGGACUUAGAGACUCAGUCAUCUGGAAGUAGUUACAGGUGCCUCGAAUGCGCUCAGAUUUUUUCCAAACCCGAUGACUUGACGGCACAUAUUAUGAACGAGCAUCGACGUGGUUCAUCGCCGCCUAAGAAGCAUAAAUCACCUCGGCCUCGAUUAGCAUGCAUUUAUUGCACCAAGGAUUCUUUUCAUUCAAUGGAAGCGCUUCAGAUUCAUGUGCAAGCCAUGCAUGGUUCUAUAUUAAACGGGUCGCAGCCAUUUAUCUUCUCACAUGCCCAGUUAAAUAAUAGUAAUUGUUCGACUACUUCGUCGGCCAAUUCGAGAAACAUGACCUGCCAUUUGUGUACAAUGACAUUCCCGACAGUUCAAGCUUUGCACAUUCACGCUACGUCUGCUCAUGGAUUGGGACAGAGCUGCGAAAAUGAUUUCCAGUGUUCAAGAUGUGGAAUCACAUUGCCAUCUUACGCUUGGCUUGUGGAACAUUUUAACAUUUCUCACCGAUCCAUCACAUCGACCCUUUCUUCCUCUGCUGCCGAACAGUCAAAACCGACGGAUUUGAGUGUGAAUCGGAAGGAGCAGCAAGAAAAACUGCCCUCGGCAAAAAAGUUCAAGAGUUCUUCCAAUUCAUUAACUCCACCCAAUAUCACCAACGCCAGUCAGGGAGCUCUUUACGACCAUCCUGGCGUUUUACUUUGCAAUCAAUGCAAUGCUGCACUUCCAGACUUUGAAUCAUUUCGAAGUCAUUUAAAAUCUCACUUGGAACAGUCAGUAUUUUUAAAAAUGCCUCAGUUGAGACACACCCAAACAUCCGUCUGCCCUUAUUGUGGAGUACACAUAGUUUCAUCUCAAGAAAUGAUUCAGCACAUGGAAAUCCAUUUCAAGUCUUUAACUGAAGAUUUUGAAUGUCAAAUUUGCUUUCAAGCUUUUAAAUUAUCUGAGGAGUUGCAGAAACAUCUUCUUGAAACCCACACUCAACACCUCUACAGGUGCUCAUUGUGCAAAGACAUGUUUGAAUCCAAAGUAGCUAUACAGGUUCAUUAUGCAAUGAAGCAUUGCAAUGAAAAGAAGAAAAUUAGGUGUUCGGUCUGCUUGAGUUUAGGUCCGUUUCAAUCCGAGACAGAGUUCAGUCAUCAUGUCAAGUCAAUUCAUUGUUCCUCUAUUUCAACAGCCUCAUCGCCGAGUGUAUCUCCGCCAAGAGUGUUAAGGUGUGUCUUUUGCAAUGCAACAUUCGCCACGGAUGUUGAUUUCCAAUUCCAUUUGGCAAUACACACUAAACAGUUCCAAUGUAAUAUCUGCAAUGAAUCUUUUCAUGUUGAGUACUUGUUGGAAAAACAUGUGCAAACAAAUCAUUCAAGCACAAAGGGGUCAACAGUAAAAUGCGAAGAGGCAGACGAGAAACCUAACGAUUUAACAUAUGAGCCUAAUACGACCAACGACUUCCCGUCUAAUUCCAUGAAAGUAUCGACAGACAAUAUUGGGAAUGGAACAGUCGGAAAUAUCACCAGCAAUAACGUGAACAGUACAAAUGAAAGUCCUUUAAAAAGGCAAGACUACAUGAUGAAUAACAAUGUUUUCAAUGGUGUCUGUGAUAUAUGUGAAUGUGGGAAUUUCACAUCAGAAUGUGAUCUCCAAGCCCACAGAAAAUUACUGCAUAAUGUGAAAACAUCAUUGAACAAAAUACCUAACAUAAAUUCAUCCAGCACCAUAUUUAAGGGCACUUGUGAUAUUUGUGAGUUGAAAAACUUUUCUUCCGAAGCGGAACUACUGUCUCAUAGGCAAAUGAUGCACCACUUAAAACCAAAUAGUAAUUCCAAGUUGAGCCUGCACUGCGCAUACUGCAAAGAAACGUGCAAAAGCAGGACAGAUUUGGAAAACCACAUGAAGGCCCACUGUCAAUCCGCAAUGAGUUCGAAUAAGUACAAAUGCAACAUUUGUGAUGAAAUGUGCCACUCUGCGAGCGUUCUGGCUGAGCACAAACUCACUCAUUGUAAGGUUGUUUUUGGAUCCGUUUGUACUCAUUGCAAAGCGCAGAUUCAUAACGAAGAAAGUUUCAUUAAACAUGUAAUGCAGCAUACAAAUAAUGCUGGCAACACAAUGAGUAAAGGUCAACAACAAUUGGUUCUUCCAGUCGCUUGCGUCAUUUGCAGGCAGACUUUAGGUAGCGAAAUGGAAACCCGACUUCAUGCCAAGUUCCACCUGCAAGUUGAAUUGAUCCCAUGCUCCAUGUGCCUUCAGGGUUGUGAUAAAAAAGAACUUAAAGACAGAAUAUGCACAACAUGUCAAAAAUUAAAUAAAACAUCCACUAAAUGUUCCAAAUGCAAUAUUAAAUUUGAGACCCAUGGAGCUAUGGAGCUCCAUAUGCUUAUGGUUCAUGACCAGAGCGACAAUUGCAAGAAGUGCAAUGAAAAAUAUGAAUCUCAAAAAGAGUAUGAACUUCAUAUGGAAACUCAUUUUUCAAAUGAAAACAACAAUUCUGGAACCAAGUGCAACUUGUGUAUGCUCGUCUUCCCCGGCUCAAUACAACUCCAGCUGCAUUUAAUCGAACAUACAUUCAUGGGCUGUUCAAACUACACUUGUUAUAUUUGUAGUUCAGUAUUCACAACGGCAGUCGGCCUUCAAUCUCAUAUUUUAGAGCAUGGACUUUCAGCAAGGCCGUACGAUUGCCCAAAAUGCAUGAAAAAAUUUUUCUUCAGGGCUGAACUGGACAAUCAUUCUGCACUUCAUGCUCAGACUUUUAUUCCUAAAACAUCUCAGUAUGAUAAAAGUUCAAGGCAGACAGAAACGCCGAAAAAUGAUGGGAUGAAAGAGCACGAUGUUGCGAAGCUGGCUUACAACGACACCAAGAAAAAGCUUCACUCCUUCGAAUCUAAUAACUUCGACCAAGAUAAAACGCACAAUGAAAACAGUAAUUACACGAAUAAAUCUUCAUCAAAGGAAGUGCAUAAAUGCGAAGGAGCCUCGAUAAAAUUGGAAGUUGACUCUGUGGAAAAUUCAAAUAUUUGUUCGAGUCAGUAUGAAACAAUUAAAGGAGCUAUGGUGAAAAGGGAAGAUGAAUGAACCUUGGUGGUGUGUUUUUAAAUUAUAGAUAAUUUACAUAACAGGGAAGAGCGUAAUUACUUUGCUGUUAAUUGUUCUAUAAAAAUAUUAAAAGUGAUUCAUA